AUGCAAGCCAGCAACGACACUAAAGUGGCGCCCGAGGCACUGAUCUCAAAAUUUGAGAUUAGCAGGCUGCUCAGACAAGACCAAAGUGGCCGUCGUAUCGCUCUCCUGGGAACAAUCGAAGGGAAACAAGGCAUUCUUAUAGCUGAACGAGCGGCCUUUGCUACCGAAUCCCUCGAGGUAUUGAGAGCGUUCCACUCAGCAAUCACCCGUGUAAACAACCUGGGUGAUAAUGAUAUCUACCGCUGGUACCUGGCGUCAUCAGGUGUUGACAGUGAGGGUCAUCAAUCCGCCGAUCUCAAAUUGAACCUGAUCUGGCCAUGCACCGAGCAGCAUAUCAAGAAGUACUCCGAUCAGGUGCUACGCAUGGUGACCGAAACACCUGAAAUUUAUCGGGACUAUAUCCGGCCGUAUAUGAGUGCCAAGCGGGAAGAGGGCCGAUUGAACUGGGUAUUUAACAUCCUUGAGGGUCGAACAGAACAGGAAGAUGUUAUUCUUCGGGACCAGGGCCACGGUCCCGAGGAUGGGUUCCUGAUGCUUCCCGAUCUUAAUUGGGAUCGGAAAACGAUGGGCUCGUUGCAUUUACUAGCUCUCGUCCAGCGGAGGGAUAUCUGGAGCUUACGUGAUUUGAAAAAGAAACAUAUCCCUUGGUUGAAGUAUCUGCGUCAGCGGUUGCUAGAGGGUACGGUGAAUAUGUAUCCGGAUUUAGACCAGGAUCAGCUCAAACUUUAUGUGCACUAUCAACCAACAUAUUAUCACUUCCACGUUCACAUUGUUAAUGUCAUGCUGGAAGCUGGCGCUACGCAGGCUACGGGCAAAGCUUUUGGGCUGGAGAACCUUAUUUCCCAGUUGGAGACUAUCUCUGGCGACGAGGAAGCUAGUAUGGCUGAUGUCAGCUUGUCUUAUUUCCUUGGAGAGGCCAGUGAGCUGUGGACCAAUACUUACGAACCGUUGAAACGGGGGGUGAAGCCAUUGCAGAACUAG